AUGGACUGCGUGGUCAUUUCGUGGAUCUUCAACACCAUCUCCACCGAGCUGCUCGACAUCAUCCACGCCCAUGAUGGCGUCUUCGCUCGGGUGGCUUGGCUCGGACUAGAGCAACAGUUCCUUGGGAACCGGGAGUCUCGGGCACUACUCCUUGACGCGGAGUUCCGCAAUCUCAACCAAGGUGAUCUUCCUAUUGAUGACUACUACCGUAAGAUGAAGCGCAUGUCUGAUGCCCUUGCGAAUCUUGAUGAACCAGUCAUCAAUCGCACCCUGAAGCCGUUCUCUUCAUUUGAAGAGGUACGCGCCGAUCUGGUGCAGCCCUUCGUGACUCCUACUACCCUCCUCACUUCCAGCAAGUCGUCCUCACCAAGACCUGCUCCCAGCCCUGCUCCUCCGCACCCGUCCAACCUAUCCUCAUCAGGUAGUGGCUCUUCAGGCAGCAACUCUGGCUCAGGCCCGAGCCGGCAUCACCGUGGCGGCCGCAACCAGGGUCCUCCAAGCGGCCAGCAAUGGCCAUCCCUCUACAAUCCCUAG